AUGGACAGACUUGCAGGUUUAGGUGGAAUGAAUUCAACUCCAAUGGAUGGUCCAGCUGUCGAUAAUGCUGAAACUGUUUAUAUAUCUUCAUUGGCAUUGUUGAAGAUGUUGAAGCAUGGAAGAGCCGGUGUUCCUAUGGAAGUAAUGGGCCUUAUGCUAGGUGCCUUUAUAGACGAUUUCACUGUUCAUGUUAUUGAUGUGUUUGCCAUGCCUCAAUCCGGUACUGGUGUUUCCGUCGAAGCUGUCGAUGAUGUCUUUCAAACUAGAAUGAUGGACAUGUUAAAACAAACAGGCAGAGACCAAAUGGUUGUAGGUUGGUACCAUUCACAUCCAGGUUUUGGCUGUUGGUUAUCAAAUGUUGAUAUCAACACUCAACAAAGUUUUGAGCAACUAAAUCAAAGAGCUGUUGCUGUUGUCAUUGAUCCAAUUCAAUCUGUUAAAGGGAAAGUGGUCAUUGAUGCCUUCAGAUUAAUCAAUCCUGCAGUUAUAAUGACGGGCCAGGAACCAAGACAAACAACUUCAAAUGUUGGAAGAUUAAAAGAGUUGUCGAUUCAAGCUUUGAUCCAUGGUUUGAACAGAAGCUACUAUUCUCUUAACAUUGAUUAUAAAAAGACUCCCCUAGAAGUCAACAUGCUAUUGAAUUUACACAAAAAAGAAUGGUCAUCCGGUUUGAUUCUAAAUGAUUAUAAAGAAAAAGAUGAGAGGAAUUUAAAAGACACUGAGAAGAUGGUUGAAAUCGCCAAACAAUACAACCAAAGAAUUGAAGAAGAACAAGAAUUGACAGAGGCCCAAUUGAAAACAAGAUACGUUGGGAAACAAGAUCCCAAGAAGCAUUUGGGCGAGACUGCUGACGAGAGAAUAGAGGAAAACAUUGUGAGCAUAUUAACUGGGUCUGUGAACUCUGCAACUAUCCAAUAA